AUGCAUUCUCAAUCAUCCCGACCUGCAUGCAUUCGAGCAAAACUUUUAUCCGCACUAAACUUAUUGGAAAAAGCCAACAAGAAUCUAGGAGUCGCAUCAAACGAUCUCAAAGUUUCCAAGGACAGUGUGAAGCCAGUGGUAGAUCAAUGUGACCCGCUCUUGACUGCACUGGCUAGAUGCAACAACACUGUGACCUCUCACAGAUACGCGCGUCAAAGAUCGACUAAGGUCCCCAUCCGUGUCCCAGCUGGAUUUCCUACUAAUUGCAACUUUAGUCAAAGGUUAAUCUGUAGCUUCGAGGAUGUGAAGGGAGAAGAUAAAGAGAUCUUGGCUUUAGAACACAAGCUGCAAACAAGAGCCAAAGUGAUGAAGUGUCUAGAAUUACUUAUCCCCGACUUACCGUCGCCCGACUCACCGGUCUUACAACGUGAAGAUGAGCUGAUACAUUGGUUAUUAUCAACAUCAAACACUCAGUCGGAAGGGGAAAAGAAUCUAGAGACAAUGGCAUCGAGUGGCUCAGGAUCAAGAUCUAUAGUUCCAUCUUUGUACAACACGCCAAGUCACAGUCAAUCAAGAGAAUCAACUCCUUACUCGUAUCUCCCGACGCCACCUCUAGCGUCAUCAUCAAUAGGAAAGAGUCAUCACUCGAACAAAACUCUUUCUUUGAGCUGGUCAAUCCCAAGACCAAGAAGGCUCAAAGAAUUCCAGGAGACCAAGUAG